UAGGCAUGUUUACCUGUUGCGCCCGUGCCCUCUCGCUCGCGAUUAUCGCAUCGAUCUUAAAGGAAUUUUCUCUCUCUUUUCUCUUUUAUUAUUAUACAUAUUUACGUGACUAUAUUUGUUGCAUUUUAUUGUUUAUAUUUUCCAAACUAUUGCCGAAUUUUUGGUCGUUACAAGGCCCAAAGUAUAUUGCUUUCUCUAAUUACUCAGGUUUCUAUCAUGUUAUUUAUUUGUAUUUUAAGCAUUACUGGUGUCCUAUAUAA